CUUCCGGUGUCAAAGUUGAACGGCAGUGCUGUCAAGUCUUUGUUGCCUGUGUUGCACCUCAUAUGUUGUGAAUAGAAGAGCGGGGUAGAUGGGAAAAAACUGUUAUUUGUACAGAAGAAACACGUUUAACCCGUACACCCAACAGUCAAACCACCCAAAAGAUGGAAGAAAAGCUGAAUGGAUCAUUCCCUGUUGUCUCCCCGGAGUAUCUUCAUCAGUGGGUUCAGUCUGCACAGCAGUUUCAAGCUCUCCAGGCCCAAUAUUCAGGCUUCAACUCCAACAAUCAGUAUCACUACCCGGAGGAGCAGACGGGAGAGACAGCCGUACCACACAUGGCUAAUCCAGAACCUAUGAUGGAUCAACAGGAACCUGCCAACCUGGCAAAACCCAAAAAGAGAGGCAGACCAGCUCAACCCAAGGAACCCAAGGCACCCAAACCACCAAAAGUCCCCAAGGCACCAAAGCCGCCUAAGGACCCAAAUGCACCUAAAGCCAAGCCUGGUCCUAAGCCCAAGAAGGCCACUGAGGCUCAGGCAGAUGGCAAGCAAGAGAAGAUUGAUGAGAGCUUCAAGAAGGUGAAGAGGAAAGUUGACCGUUUCAAAGGAAUGUCAGAGGAGGAAGUCAUGAAAAAAACUCUACCAGACCUGCUGGAUUACAACCUGGACUAUGUCAUUAUUGGUAUCAAUCCAGGACUGAUGGCAGCUUACAUUGGACGGUGGUUUCCAGGUCCUGGAAAUCAUUUUUGGAAGUGCCUAUUUUUGUCUGGAUUUACUGAGGCGCAGCUCAACCACAUGCAUGAUACCACCCUGCCUGUUAAGUAUAAAAUGGGCUUCACCAACAUGGUGGCCAGGGCGACACCAGGGAGCAAAGACCUCUCAAGUAAAGAGUUACGUGAAGGAGGCACAAUUCUCGUAGAGAAGCUGAAGAAAUACAAGCCUCUUAUUGCUGUUUUCAAUGGAAAAUGCAUCUAUGAAAUGUUCUGCAGAGAGUUGUUUGGUAAGAAACCAAAGAAACUCGAUUUUGGUUUGCAGCCACACAAGAUCCCCGACUGUGAUGUGGCUCUGUAUCUGAUGCCUUCAUCCAGCGCUCGUUGUGCUCAGUUUCCUCGUGCUCAGGACAAAGUCCACUUUUACAUCAAACUGAGGGAGCUCAGAGAUCAGCUGCAGGGGAUCCAAAGAAGCACUGAGAUUGAGGAGGUCAAGUACUCAUUUAACCUGGAAUUGGCCAAGGAGGAUGCAAAGAGGAUGGCAAUAAAGGAGGAGCAGUACGAUCCUGGUUAUGAAGACGCCUACGGUGGAGUAUAUGCAGAGAGAGGACCUGAAGGGGGCCAGGCUGAAAGCCAGACCAACGGACACUGUACAUUCUCAUCUAUAGAAAAUACAGGAGCACAGGAGGCGACCACGUCACAGAUAGCUGAAGGCCAGCUCCCAGACGGACAGUGGAUGACCCAGUCCUUUGCAGAUGAGAUCCCAGACAUCAGCGGUGGUCCAAAGGGGGGCAGCGUAUAAGGAAAAGACUUCUUUUGUCAGGUUUAGGUUGUUUUCCUUUUUAUUAGUGUCUGAGUGGGAAAUACACACAUAGAUGGACUUUUUAGAGAUUUUGCAGAAUAUUCUUUCUGCACUUUUUAUUUUGUUUGUGGACUUGUAUACAUGUAUGAUCAUCUUCAUGGCAGUCUUUUUAAAUAUGUGAAAUCAGGGACUUGACAAUGAUGCUUGACUGUCCUUGGAGAAGGUCUUGUAUUUAAAUGUCUGUUUUGCCUUUGUACUGUACUAUACUGCACUGUGAUGCAGUAAGUGUAAGCAUUCAUCUCUACUGACAGAUAAAACUCCAGAUGGUUAUUUUAUCAGUGUGACUGUAAGAUCCUCUAUGUGAAUUGAGGAUUUAGCUAGCAUUAAUGUUUUUACAUUCAUGGUGCUAUGAACUAACCACAAUGCAAAGUGAUCACUCAAUGAAACCAGACUCAUAAUGGAGAUUUCACAGAAGGAAUUUCUGUCAAGCCUUUCAAUAUAAUGUUACAAAACUUAAACAGGUAAUAUUUUAAUCUUUGUUAUCACUUUUCUGGUUUAGGAAUUUUAGAAUUAUGAUUUGUAUGUUUAUGAAAAUGUCAUUCACAAGGAAUUUUAUGAAACAGUUGUCCAUUAAAAUGUCCUGAUGAUGAUUUUUCUA